CGCGCGCUCUUUAUGGCACGUGAGAGUGAGAGAGAGUGAGAAGGAGAGUGAGAAAAGUUCCCUAUUCACAUUGUUUUCUCUUGUGCAGCGAUUUUGUGUUUGUUCUGCUGUGAAGAGUGCGUUCACGGGACUCCUCAGCAUCUCUGGCAGGCUCGAGAAGCGCGUCAGGCCAUGUAUACAGUGUCGAAGGGGCCCAGCAAGCUCGUGGCGAAGACGCGAAGAGGUAUUCCGCAGAAUUAUGAGAAGUUUGAGACACACCGGGACAUUUACAGGAAACAUGCUGAUCACGAUAGUGCAGAGAUCAUCAGCUUGCCGAAGCCAGUCUUUCAGGCGACAAAGAAGUUCUCCAAUCACACGAAGAAUGGCCACCAAAUUGAGGAGACGCUGAGUCCGCAGCACGAGGAAAUCGUCAAAUACAUUCAUGAGACGUGGAAUAUGGUGAUUGCACAGAAUCCAUAUGAUCCGCCAUCGUCACCGGAAAGCACGACCUCAUCGCCGUCGUCCUCUUCGGCCUCCUCGACGCCGGCGACGGCAUCGCCGUCGAUAUACUACACAGAUGCGCCGAGCCCUGUUUUAAGGGACUUCAAGCCGUUCGAUCUGGAAUCGUGGUGGGGCCGCAGAUUGUACUACAACAUCACCAAGAGUCUGUGAAGUGUGUGCGUGCGUGAGUGAGUGGCUGGCGCAGCACGAGGAAGCGUGAAAUCUACUUCAAGUCUUAAGUUUAGUGAUAUUUUGAGACAAGACAGAUUUAUUAUUUCGGUGUAGAGGAGAUGAGAAAAAGGAA